AUGGCUGAAUAUGAGAAUAUUGGGCCUGGACUUAGCAUUGACAUGCUGCAACCACCACCACCAAUGGAUGCACGAGACAUAAACCAGUAUGAGGAUGUCGGUCCAAAGCAGAUAAGCAAACAAAGUGUUCCCACGUUCAGUAAAGAAGGGAUACCUCAAGGAAGCAAGGAAGAUGUUCCAAUGUUAAGUAAAGAAUCGGUGCCUACCAAUAAGGGAAGCAAACAGGGAAAAGAAACUAAAUCUGGCCAUAAAGUUGACAUGGCGGAUCAUGUUCGCCACCUCUACAUUGUUAUGGCUAAUGGGAUUGAUAUGGCUUGUCACCUUGUUGCUUCGAUAGAUGGAGAUAAAUUACAUGGUGCUACACUAAAGCGCAAUUUUAUUUCAGAAGAACUCAAAACUCUUCAUAUGCAACAAUCGUAG